AAAACUUGGUAAAACGAAAUGCAUUUUUCGAAGGCUCGCAAUACAAAAAUAAGCGUUUCGUAUAUAAAGCCAUGCGCCAGGUGUUGCUACUUGCAGAGGGAAUCCUACUCUUCGACCUUCCUUUCUGAGCGAAAAUUAAAGGAGCGUCCUGUUCUUUUCUCCCUCAUAUAUAUAUAUAGAUUCCACGUGUGAGGAUCGCCAACGCCGCACACCUGCCUCUUUCUAGACUAUCCCACUGAUUUACCGUUCCCCUGUUGUGUUGUUUUUCUCGAACUUCGUCUGUCGUUGCUUUCCUUCUCUGAUGCAUUGAGAUUUAAUCAUCUUCUCAAGGUUCUCGAAAUUUUAGAAACUGCACUCUAAUAAAAUUUGCUUUAUGGUUAUAAACGUUGAGGUUUGUAGUUCAAUGUUUAUUCAUUCAAAUUCGAUUAUUUGUUGAAAAAUCAGCCCAAUCUUUGUUUUUUUAAUACAUGAUUUUCCAAGUAUUCCGAGGUAGUUUCGUUUACUUCGUAAACCCACGACUUGUGCAUAAUUUCAUAGAUAAACUAAAUCUAAACAUUUUACCUGGUGUAAAAAAAAGUUUUUCUCAACAAAUAUGCACCGAAAUCAAAUUCAAUGAUUUCGGUGUAUUCAACUCAUGUGAUCUCAAUGAUAUGAACAUUUAAAUGCCAUUUUUUAAGGAGAAUUAGUGAAUGAGUGAAUAAUUAAAUUCCAUCUCUCUCAUCGCUUCGUGUAGAUUACUCGCUUCCGGAUGACGACGAUGAUACGCCUUGUGAUCAAAACCGGACGCUUAUGGCGGUCUCUUUAAAUGCGUGUAUAAGCUGAAUGUCCAACUUUUCACUUUCCUGUUGAAUAAAAUCAUCCAGAUUCAUCACAGUAAAUUAUAUUAUAGCGAAACCAAGGUCAUUAGGACGGGAUGUGGAAAAAGUAAUGAUUAAAAAUAUUAUCAUUGUGUGUUUAUGACACUUUUGUAUGCUAAGACUUCUGAUUACAUGUUAUAUAAUAUAUAUCGAACGUGCUAUCAAUUUUGCUGGAUUAUCAAACGAUAAACUGCUGAAAGUUAUUCAAGUGGCAUUUCAGGUGCAUUGACAGAUAAUGAAACCACGUGUUUUUAUACACACAUGUGUCCAAGUGUGCAUGUGUCACGUAAAAGUGUUUGAUCGCAUAUAUACCGGGUGUCAUUUGUAUCGAUUUACCAUAAUCAUUUGGAAACAAUGGCACUAAAAUCUUAUACAAAUGCAGCUAACGAAUCGCAGUAACUAUUUAAGAAUUUUUCUUUAGUCGACCUAAAUAAAUACGUGAUUUCGCACAAGCUCACAAAAUUAUCUUGGAUUUCUAUAUAAACCGAAAGGUCAAUAAGAUGACCCCCUGUAUCUCUAAUACACAGUACUCGAUGCCGGACAAGAAGGAAUUAAGGCGUUUAGAAAGGAAAAAAAUCUUCACACGCCGGUCUCACGCCGCUCUUUUCUUCGUAUUGAAUUAUCAGAUUUGCGAAUAUGAAAUAACCUGUUCAGGUUCGAAAGUUCGAGGAUGAUUGCCUUGCGAAUCCUCCAGUCGGUCGUAGCUGUGAUGAACGUUUGAAUAUAUGUAAAUAUAAAUAUAUAUGAUGCGGGUAUAUAUGUAGAUUUUUUUCGUCCAUGCAAAAAUCAGGUUACGUUAUUCGGAACUCGGAACGAAAAGUAUGUUCAUGUAUGUUUUAUAGCAAACGGAUAGUAGUCGCGGCGACGGGAAUCGCCGUCCAAACGGUACGUCCGGCUUGUUAGUGGUUUUCGUUGUUAUCAAAGUGUGGAAAUAUAACACAAUUUUGGCAUCCAGUGUUAUUUAUCAAACAUCACAAUUGAACAAUGGAAGACGAAGAUGAUACCAGAGAAAGGUUUGCGAGAAGUGAAAGAGAAUACACACCCAGCAUUUAUAGAUCAACUCUAAGCAAUUUGAACAUGGGAUCUCAACAGACUAUCUAUCAAAGUCUCAGGAAUACCAUAUAUGACGAUGCUAUAAGUCUCAAUCUGACCAAUAAUUUUGAAUUCUCUGAGAAUCAUUUGCAGGCAGAUGAUUCAUCGACACUGAGGGGAACUACUGAAACAGUUGUCGAAGGAAGCUAUGGGGAUUUGCAAGAAAGCGAAGAAGAUGGAGAAUCGAAUGUGCCUAACGACUUCAUAACAUCUUCAAGCUUGUACUUCAGGGAUGGAGUUCGAUCCAUUGACUUUGUUAUGGUUUGGGACCAGAACAAUGAAUAUACUCUCACAUACAAAUGUAACAAGUUACGCGAGAUUUUUGAGAAAAAUCUUGAAUCAGAAGGCCUGAUGUUGGAAUAUGAACCCCCGGAGCCCAGUGGUUUACGUUUCAUAAAAAUUCAUGCGCCUCAAGAGGUUUUAAGGCGAUAUUCUGAAAUAUUGAAGCUUCGUUUGCCCAUGAAAGAAGUGCGUGGUUUGGAAGUUCCAAUUGCACGUACCAAUAGGGUAGUGUGGCAAGCAAAAUCGUAUUUACAACGUUUCAUGAAACGUUUUUAUGUCGACGCAGCAAUGUUUCCAGCGAUGAAGCAUCGCUUUACCGCUGUAUACAGCCGAGACAAGGAAUAUCUGUUCGAUUCCGAUUCGCCAGAUUUUUUCACAUCGGGCACGCACUCGAGAAUCGUUCAGUUUAUUCUCGAUAGAACGAGAUUUGCGGAGGAUACCGAGGAUCAUUUUUCAUUUGGCAUCGAUAGGCUGAUAGACGAGCGUGCAUAUAUUGCAGCUUAUCCUCUGCACGACGGAAAUUUGCGGACUCCGGGCUCCAUGAGAUAUCUAUUGUACACCGAAUGGGCAAGGGUCAGAAAAUGUCUGCACUAUCAACCGCUGGACUACAUAAAGGAAUAUUUCGGGGUGAAAAUUGGCCUCUACUUUGCCUGGCUGGGAUUUUAUACUUACAUGCUCGUAUUUGCCAGUAUCGCAGGUUUUUUAUGCUUCUUGUACGGCUGCCUCACUGUCUCUUAUGACAAACCUAGUGACGACAUUUGCAAUGCCGAAGAAAUCAUGUGUCCGUUAUGCGAUAAAUAUUGUGAUUACUGGCAGCUGAAGAAAACUUGUUUUCACGCGAAAGUAACGUAUCUCUUUGACAAUCCGUCUACAGUUGUAUUCUCACUCUUCAUGUCACUCUGGGCUACAUUAUUUUUGGAAUUCUGGAAGAAAUACUCGGCUGAGAUAACGCACAGAUGGGAUUUAACGAAGUUUGAUGAACAAGAGGAACAUCCAAGACCUCAGUAUCUGGCACGGCUGGCACAUGUUCGAAAAAAAUCUGUCAAUGUCGUUACGAACACCGUCGAACCUGUCGUCCCGUUUUGGAGCAUGCGAUUGCCGGCAACGAUUGUUAGCUUUUCUGGGGUUUUGCUGCUGAUAGCCACGGCCGUAGCAACGGUAAUAGGCGUAAUUGUCUAUCGAAUGUCCGUUUUGACGUCAAGAGUAACUGCCGUACCAAGUAUAACGAGCAACGCCAUACUUUUCACCACCGCGACCGCAGCCUGCAUCAAUUUGUUUUGUAUUCUAAUGCUCAACCAGUUGUACAUCCGGACAGCUAAAUACUUGACCGAGAUGGAACUUCCGCGCACCCAAACAGAAUUCGAUGACAGUCUGACGUUAAAAAUCUAUUUGCUACAAUUCGUCAAUCAUUACGCAUCGAUAUUUUACAUUGCUUUUAUCAAGGGAAAAAUGACUGGUUACCCAAGAGCUUACAAGCGUUUAUUUUUAACAUUCAGACAGGAGGAAUGUAAUCCUGCUGGCUGCUUGACCGAACUUUGUAUUCAGCUCAGUAUAAUAAUGAUUGGCAAACAAAUUAUAAAUGCUUUCCUAGAGAUGUUGAACCCGUUGUUCUACAAAUGGUUGAAUACACUCAAAGUUCGCGUUAAACCGAAAAACAGCGAGAAAUACGAGAGAAUGUCUUUGCAAUGGGUUCGAGACUUUAAACUCGUUCAAUGGGGACCCAGGAGUUUGUUUUCUGAGUACUUAGAAAUGGUUUUGCAGUAUGGAUUCGUCACUAUAUUUGUGGCCGCAUUUCCACUAGCACCGUUUUUCGCAUUGCUGAACAACGUUUUGGAAAUGAGACUCGACGCGAAGAAAUUAUUGACACUUUAUCGAAAGCCUGUUGGACAACGUGUACGGGACAUCGGCAUAUGGUACAGAAUCCUCGAUUCCAUAUCGAAAUUGUCAGUCAUCACUAAUGGUUUUAUAAUAGCUUUUACAUCGAAUUUCAUUCCAAAACUCGUCUAUAAAUCGGCGGUAUCGGAAAACAAUAGUCUGGAGGGUUUUCUUCGUCACUCACUGUCAUCGAUAAAAACGGCAGAUUUGGACUAUAAAGUUCGACCCGUAGACAAUUCAAGCCACGUUGACGUAUGUUUAUAUUCUGAUUAUCGAGAACCGCCUGACUCGUCCCAAUCCAAACCGUACGAUCUCACCAUCAUGUACUGGCACAUACUGGCUGCGAGAUUAGCUUUUGUAGUUAUAUUUGAGAAUGCUGUUGCCGUUGCAAUGAUUCUCGUCCGUUGGUAUGUACCUGACAUGAGUCCAGAGUUACGCGACCAAAUACGUCGCGAGACUUAUAUCACGAAUGAGAUAAUAAUUCAACAAGAGGCAGAGAGAGUGUGUGGCAGAAGGGGAGCUGUUAACGAGCCGGAAGUUAUUCAACGACGUACUAAUGACCGCGAAAGGACCGACCGAUGGAAUAGAGUUAUUAGAACUGCCACUGAAUCAGAAUUCGAUCUCGAAGUGCAUGGUAGUCCGGUUUCACCACCGUCGAGAAUGGGGCCCGCUGCUCUUUGACAUUACAGUGCUCUCAAACAUUUUUUCAUUCGAUUGUUCUCGUUGUCCAAAAUUUAUCACUCGAGAGUACCUCAGAAAAGGUUAUUCGCGCGUACUUUUUAAAAGCAUAAUGUUUUUGAGAUGGCUCACCUUUUGCAUGGAUGAGUCAUUCUGCAAACUUUCACACUGAUACGUACCACACUUCACUUAAGUUUGCUGCUAUUGUUUGAGUUGUGGUACAUUUUUUUUUACUACUUUUACGGCUUCAGUGAUAUUAUAGCAAGAGUUUGCUAAGCUCCUCUCGCAAACUCGUGCACAUAUUUCCAAUACUCAAGAGACAGUUCUAGUCUUUUUAUUAUUCACUCAAUGUGAUUUAAGGAAUAAUAUACACGCCAUUGGAACUCGGAAACAAUUCGCUCUAUAUCCGCUCGAAAAAAAACUUUCGCUAUAAGCGAUUUUCGGAAAUGGUCCAAGCACACGUUUUUCACCAUGUGAAUAUGAAUCGUAAUAUUUUUGCAAGUUUGAAUUUCAGAAAAAUUAUGUAGAAUUAACGAUGUUUAACAGGUUGGCUGCAAAGAGUAGCACAUUAUUUGUUUUGCGAUUAAAGCUCUAAAGCGAUAAGCAAAAUAUACAACGUCUGAAGGUGCUCGAAAAAUUUCAUAUUGGGCCCUCGGUGGAUUGAAAUUUCAAUGCGAAAUAUAUGUUUUUUACGAACUCGUCACUUUCAUAUAUUAGUCAUCGUAUAAUAUUUAUAUUUACGGUGAAAAUCUGAAACUUGGUACACUAUUGUGUGCAUUAAGGAGUGCAUACGACAAAUUUUACAGAUUUUUCUGCAAACAAUUGCUAUAAUUGCGAGCUUGACAACGAUAAGAAUAUUUUCUAUCAACUCGAAAAUAUUAUUCUUAAAGAAUCGGUAAAAAUUCUCGUACGGGCCCCUUAAGAUGAUGGAUCAGUCGGUAAUCACACCUCAAAUUUUUGAAAUUGAAAGUCUUUGACAUCGUUCGUCCGAUUAAAAUAAUAAAAAUGUCAUCGUACGCAGCACGAUCGCAAAAA